AACGUGUCUGAAAAACGCUGUAUUUAAUGUACGUGAGUGUCUGUAUCUCUCUUCUCAUUCAGCUAGACAAUCACGUUGUUCGUAUUAUCAUCAUUGAUCGUUUGAAUUUGUAAGCCGGUUUCCGUCGUGGAUUUUUAUAGAAAACCAAAAAUACUUGCUUCAAACAUUUUCAACCAUUGUCUUCCUAACGAUUUAUUCUUACCUUCUUUUCUUUUUGUGAAAAAGACAUUUUCGAUUAUUAUUAUGACUAAAUUAUACAGCAACGAAGACAAUUACCGCACAUACAAGGCAUUGAUUGCCAGUAAAUAUAGUGGUAAAUCUGUUUCGGUUGUGCCAACCGAACUUGGUAAAUCAUGUCCAAAGAAAUUUUUUGGUCAGAUUCCAGCAUUGGAAUCAUCCAAUGUGAAUCUUUUCGAAAGUAAUGGCAUUGCUUAUUAUCUUUCGAAUGCUCAACUACGUGGUGGCAACGAUGAAUCAUUACAAUCUCAAGUGCUGCAAUGGGUUAGCUAUGCUUCGGCCGAUUUAUGGCCAGCUGUUUUUGCUUGGGUAUUACCCGCAACUGGCUGUUCCAGUGUUAAACACACAAUGGAACCAGCAAAAAAUCAAGUGAAAAGUUCAUUAACAUUGUUGAAUGAUUACUUGUUGACUCGUACCUAUUUGGUUGGCGAACGUAUUACUUUGGCUGAUAUUUGUAUGGCUGUAACAUUGUUACCAUUGUAUCAACAUGUAUUGGAGCCAUCAAUUCGUGAUCAAUAUGGAAAUGUCAACCGAUAUUUCAUGACAUUGACCCAUCAAAAACAAUUUUCAGAUGUCAUUGGAAAAGUUGAAUUGUGUACUACUGUCAAACAGGCUGCACAACAUGCUGAAACCAAAACGAAGAAAAAAGAGAAAAAAGAAACAAAGAAAGAAGUACCUGCUGAAGAUGAUGCUGGUGAUGACCUGAUGCCAGCAAUGCCAAAACCAAAAGAUCCAUUCGAAAAAUUUCCAAAGGGUAAAUUCGAUAUGGAUGAUUUCAAACGUUUUUAUUCAAAUAAUCCUGAAGAUAAGUCGAUUCCAUAUUUUUGGGAAAAAUUGGACAAAGAAAACUACUCAAUCUGGUACUGUGAAUACAAAUAUCCAGAAGAGUUGACACAAGUUUUCAUGAGCUGUAACCUUAUUUCCGGUAUGUUUCAACGUUUGGAUCGUAUGCGUAAGAAUGCCUUUGCCAGUAUGAUUCUGUUUGGUGAGGAUCAUAAAAGUACAAUUUCGGGUAUAUGGGUUUGGCGUGGACACGAGCUGGCAUUUCCUCUGAGUGAUGAUUGGACUAUCGAUUAUGAAUCGUAUGAAUGGAAAAAAUUGAAUGCCGAUGAUGAAAAAACUAAAUUGUUGGUUAAAGAAUAUUUCAGCUGGGAAGGAGAAUUCGAUGGUAAAAAAUUCAAUCAAGGCAAAAUUUUCAAAUAAACUCAGCAGCAGUCAACAACCCAAAACAUAGGGUGGAUAUAAAAAAAGGGUUUUGAAAAAUUUUAAAAUAUUUCUGAAAUUAUUAUUUUUAAUUAAAAUCUUUCUUGGCCAAAAUAUAAUAUCAAUAUAUAUGGAUUGAAAAUAACAAGUGAUGGUUUCGUUUGCCUAUUA